AUGGGAACAGAAGAGAACGUCAACUGCAACCCCUCCUACGGUUACCGCAAGAGAGCACGUGACGAGGAGGAAUCUUGGGGAGCCGAUAUUUACAAUGACAACAACCGAAUGGCCCCACCUACCUCCUUCUCCUCCUCUUUUCCAGAAAGUAUAUCCAAGGGAAGUUGCAACCAAGCAUACUCCCACUCUGGUUACUUGUCUCACCUACCCAAAACUUUUGGUGCCAUUCUCAAUGAAAGAAAUCGGUCUUCUGUCAAACGCACACAGCAUACGAAAAUACAUACGGAGGUCCACCAGAAAACAGUGGCACUCUUGAUGGAGUCUGCCAAAAGACUCGAAUAUGGCAUGCACAAUAAAGAGAGUGAGCUUGUUUCCACUUCACCCUCUGAGUCUACUCCUAUUGAUUCAUCCACCUAUUAUCAAAAGCCUUACUGGUAG